AUGAAUGUCGAGUCUAUCAAUAAGCGACUUCAACAGGAAGAGGAAUGGCUGCGCACUCUCGACCAAAAUCUUAAGAAAAGUGCUCAAUUACGCAAUGACAUGACAAAAGUGCUUGAUCAGUUUGGAGCGAGGCUUCAAAAGCUACAGGUGAAUGUGAUGGGGAAGCACGAAAAGAAUGGGCGACUGCAGAAGCGGCAACAGAACAUUCAACGACUCAUCAAAACCAUCGACACCACAUUUCAGUUUUUCGGCAAGACCAACGAGUUGGAGACCAAGAUUAGAGAUGGAAGCCCUUCCCAAGAUUUGGAGGCCUACAUCGAAUCGAUGGAAUCCCUUUACCAAGCAAUCGCAUUCUUCGAAAACUAUCCUGAGAAACGGGGUCAAGUGGAAAACAUGCGUAUGACUCUAGAAAGUGGCUUUGACGUUAUCGAACGCGAAUUCCGGGAUAUAAUCUCGGAUAAUUCGAUGAAGCCUAAUAUGAAACAGUUGAGCGAGGGCCUGGAUGAGAACGGAGAUCUGCUGUCUGGAUAUCAAAAGACUAUCCAAACGAUAAAAAAUUCCGACAAAAUCGCAAGGGUUUCGUCUUGGUUGCUGUCAAAAGGCCGAGAACCGAGAUUCCUGAACCAUCUAGCAAACAUUCGUGGAGAAAAUAUGCGACAGGCAUUGGCGGCGGUCUAUGAUCAAGAAAUCAAACAGCAGAACGCCGCGGGAACCCGGAUGUUAAAAAUGGUACCGAAACGGGCUGGACGAGGGGAGAAGGCCGAAAAAGAGCACAAACAUUUUGCGAAUGCGUACGACAAGGCCAAUGUUGCCCAUCUGCUGUUUGGAUGCUUCCUGGCCCUCGUAACGGUGGAAGAAGGUGUCCUAGAAAAAAUCUUGGAUGAUGUCACAGUCCGCGCCCAGGUUCAUCGGGGAAUUAUCAGCAAACCGUUAGCGUUCUGUAUCCGUAUCUCUGGAGAAGCAACAAAUGCGGUGGAUUCGCUUCUCUCGUUCUUGCCGCUGAUGCGCUUUUUGGAUGUGCAUCAGAACCAACUGGUGACAUUGGCUUCGAACAGCGAUUUGGAAGCGCCUUUUGAACAAAUGAUGCGAACUUUGCGGAUCAAGUGUACGGCGCUUCUCAACGAGAGCGUGGACAAGCUGAAGACGGAAGUGGACAAAUUUGUCCCCGAGGAUGGCAACGUGCACCCAUUGACUGCUAAUACCCUAAAUCUGCUUUGCAAUUUGACGCUGCACCGGCAAACGGUCACGCAGCAGCUGUUGGCUCCAACGGCUUCUUCCCCUCAAAACACUCAUUUACUCCUCCCAAAAUUGUUUGCACGAAUUCUAUCCGCACUUGGAACUUGCUUGUCACGGAAAAGCGAGCUCUACCCGGAUCCGCUUCUUUCUACGAUAUUCAUGAUCAACAACUACACGUACAUCGCUAAGAGCUUACAAGACGAGGAAGAUGCCCUCUUGCCCGUAAUCUCCGAGCAAAAUCAUCAAAUUCUCGAAUUCUAUCUGUCAGAGAUCGGCAAAUACGAGCAGGAGUAUCUAAAAAGCUGGCAAGGCAUCGUCUCGAUCCUGGUUUCUGCAGAUCGAGUGCACGACCGGAAUUCUCUGGGAAACAUCUUAUACAGCUUCAACCGUGAUCUCGACGCCGUCAUUUCACGGCAACGACUUUAUUGUAUCUCCGAUAAUGGACGAGUGCAGGAACUACGCGGAAAGAUAAAAACACUACUGGGCAGCCGCUACAAAGCGCUCGUUGAACGAUGCCGAUCGGAAGGAGUGGAUGGAAAAUUAAUCCGUUACUCGGUAGAUGACCUCGCCGGAGUAAUUGACAAAUUGUUUAGUCCGAGCACC